AGCCCCGCGGACGUCAGGCCUCGCGCAUCGCCCGCCUUGGCCCCUCGCUCCUUCCCCCCGGGGGCUCGGGUUUCCCCUUCCCACUCCAGUGACGCUGCCUGUCCCAACAGGUGCCGGCGGGGUUACUGUGGCCUGGCAGCCGGGCGGGCGGCUGCCGCGGAGCGGGGCGGCCAGCGGACAUGCUGCUGUAGCGGCCAGGCACCUCGCUAGCCCCCGGCACAGCACCUGCCCCGGCCAUGGACCUGGCCCCGGAGAUGAAGAGGAAUAGGUUCCCCAGCAUGAACUUUGAAGCAGAGAUUCUGACAGCUCCACACGAUAAUUCAGAGCUGUAUGUGAUCCCUCCCAUGAGAAGUCUCACAGCUGAGGAGUAUGUAGAGGCCUUUAAAUCCUUUUUGGAUCAUUCGACAGAGCACCAGUGCAUGGACCAAUUCAACAGGGAAGAAAUGCCCAGCAUCAUGGCUGGUCUCGGCAAUGGAAAAUCGACUAUCAAUGUUCUGGGCAUUGGAAGUGGCACAGGUGAGCAGGAUUUGAAAAUGAUCAGGAUACUGCAGGCUGCACACCCAGGGGUCCUUAUUGACAACGAAAUCAUAGAGCCCAACCCACAGCACGUGGCAGCUUACAAAGAGUUGGUGAAUCAAGCUCCAGACCUGCAGAAUGUCUCUUUUAUUUGGCACCAGCUCACUUCCUCGGAGUAUGAACAACAGGUGAAAGAGAAAGGUGCAUGUAAGAAAUUCGACUUCAUCCACAUGAUCCAGAUGUUGUAUCGUGUGGAAGAUAUUCCCAACACUAUCAAGUUUUUCCACAGCUGCCUCAACCACCAUGGGAAACUCCUGAUCAUCAUUUUAUCAGAGAGCAGCGGCUGGGCCAGCUUAUGGAAGAAGUACAGACACUGCUUGCCUCCCACCGACAGCGGCCACUACAUCACCUCCAACGGCAUCACGGACGUUCUGCAGAGACUGGGGGUCGAGUACCGCGUGUACGAGUUCCCCUCGGACUGGGAUAUCACCCAGUGCUUCGUGGAGGGAGACCCAGCUGGAGGCUGCAUGAUGGAUUUCCUGACAGGGACAAAGAACUUCCUGGGCACGGCGCCGGCGGGGCUGAGGCGGCGGCUGCAGGAGGCUCUCUGCCAGCCCGAGUGCAGCAGCAGGAAGGACGGGAGGAUCCUCUUCAGCAACAACUUGAGUAUGAUUGUGGUGGAAUCCUAG